GAGGUCAGCAUCCAGUCCUUUGCCUGCUGAAUUCAGCUGGUGUGCUGCCUGCAGUUAACGGGUCGAGAUAAGAGCCGCCGGUCGUCAUGGGAAACAUCUUUGGGAACCUGCUGAAGAGCCUGAUAGGCAAAAAAGAAAUGAGGAUUCUCAUGGUAGGGCUGGACGCUGCCGGGAAGACCACCAUCCUUUACAAGCUGAAGCUGGGAGAGAUCGUCACCACCAUCCCCACAAUUGGGUUUAAUGUGGAGACGGUGGAAUACAAAAACAUCAGCUUCACUGUGUGGGACGUGGGCGGCCAGGACAAGAUCCGUCCCCUGUGGAGACACUACUUCCAGAACACACAAGGUUUGAUCUUUGUGGUGGACAGCAACGACCGGGAGCGAGUCAACGAAGCCCGCGAGGAACUGAUGAGGAUGCUGGCUGAGGACGAGCUGCGGGACGCCGUUCUCCUCGUCUUCGCCAACAAACAGGACCUGCCCAACGCCAUGAACGCCGCCGAGAUCACAGACAAGCUGGGCCUGCARUCCUUACGCCACCGCAACUGGUACAUCCAGGCCACCUGCGCCACCAGCGGGGACGGCCUCUACGAGGGCCUGGACUGGCUGGCCAAUCAGCUGAAGAACAAAAAGUGAAGCGAGGAGGGCGGAGGGCGGUCAGAGACGAGGGGAGGAGCCUGGGUGCCAGCUCCAGGUGGUGGUUACAGUGGGUCUGUUGUGUUUYCYUAGAGAGGAAAGGCUGAAAAAAGCUCCAGAGGGCGUGUGACUCUCAGUGGUUUUCUCCCCCGUAAAUAUCAAUUUUUUUAUUUCCAUARUUUGAUUCAUUUGCAUAUUUUUGAUGUGUAGUGUUUUCCAUCAUUUACAAAUAGACUUGACUGCAACAUUUUCCACUUUUUAAACUGAAAACAUAAAUUCUGGCAUUAGUGUGUAGAGCUCUAGGCAUUUCCCCUUCUUUACGGUCUGUGAUCUCCAUUACGACAUUUAACGUGAAAGUGUGACGACUAUUUGACGACCGGUCAGCCUUCCCUCCCUUAGAAUCAGUAAACUCUGUGUAAAUUAUAAAAGAAUGUCAAAUAUUAGAAUAUCACAAUUUCAAUGCAGUAUGCUUCUAAAGGCUUCGCAAAGCUUAACAUUAUAUUUUAAUGUCCAAAGUUAUUUUUACUGCCACAGAAUUACGCUCUUCAAAAUAUUAUUUUAGUCCAGAUUUGAUUCUGUUUAACUUAUUUAUUUUUAAGAGACACAAAUAGUUCAUGUUACUAACCGUUCUUGUCGAUAUUUACCUAUUUAUUGAUUGAUUUAUGCUCUAGAAGUGCAUCGUAUGAUUUCUCCUUUGCAAUGUGCAUUUUACUGUGAAGGCAGCUGAUUACAUUUUUAAAAAAAGAGGAAAAGGAAAGUAAAAAAAAAAAAAACAAAGUGUAAAUUACUGCUUCCCAGUCUGCAUMGAGAUAAUCCCAGUGUUGGGCUUAUAAAAGGCCGCUGCUGUAAAUAAUGUUUUUUUUUCUCGCCUGGCUCAGCGAGGGUUAAAAAGCGAUUGGCAGGAUGUGAUUUCUGAAGCGACACUGAUGACAGAGCAGACGCUCCGUCUGUACCAGCUCUGUGGCUUAGAGAAAUUGCCGCCACUCGGCCGCGGCGAGUUUCGCAGCGCGGCAUGUAGUUGGCGUUAUUCGAACUGACGCCGUUUCUGAAUGUUUGAUUUCUUUUUUUUUAAAACCAGGUUUUGUGCUGCCGUGUGUUCAUCAACCCGAUCACCCUGUCACGUGCUGCUUACUUUAACCCAACCUGUGUGUGUGUAUGUGUGUGUCAGGUUACGCAGUAUUGUCUCCGUCUCGUAUUUUGUUUUUUGUUCCAUUUUGUUUAAUUUUAUUUCACUAACUAGAUGUGGCGUUUUCUUGGGGUUGUCACACAACAGGAUGAGGAUGAUAGUAAUACUGCGACAUGAGGCAUGUUAAUACUGUAUAAGAUGUGUAAUAAAAGUGAAUUAUACUUUAAUAGCCUGUUUCCUCAGACUAUAUUUGUUAGUCAAAAUUAUUGCUGCUGGUUGGAUCAAUGCUGUACUAAUAACCGUCAUGGAUUUUGUGUAAAGUUUACCAAACAACCUUCUAAUAUGCAAAUAAGCAUGCUUUUGUAUGUCAGCUGAAAAUGUAUAUACUGUAUGUUUCCUCUGUAGCCAGAGGAGUUUUGUGUGGUGUUAAACUGGCAGUGCUGUUCUUACACCUGUAGAUAGUGGGGGUCAGUGUGUUGGCAGAUAUCUGGCAGCAGCUUGUGCGUGAGAGUGUGACGUGUUCUCUAUCAUGUUCGGUUCGGUGUGAACAUUGUUUCCUUUUUUUUACUGUGGUUAUUUAUUUCAUCGUUGACAACAGGUAGGAAUGUCCAGCAUUCAAAGUAUUUCACUCAUACUGUAUAUGAUCUGUGGCAAUGUCGUGGCUAAACAUCUAAGUUUUUAUUUCUUUUUUUUUAGCUGUUAAGAGGCAAACAAGACUCCACAACAUUCCCACUAACACGUUUCCAAAAAAAAAAAAAAGUAGAAUUAUUUGCAUUCAGUGAAAAAUAUAGUAGAAUAUGUAAAAACUAUGAAAGGGAUAAACAUGAAAUGGUGUAAAAAAUAGUGUUGAAUGGUUUGAUGAUUCCUGGCGUUUCAGUGAUCAAUAAAAAACCAAAACAAAUUUGA